AUGUCUGUUGCAAAACAAAACAAAGUGCAUCCUGCACAAUCUGUACAUAGUUUGGGUCAUUGGGAUCUCGAAAAGGGACUUUCGUCUGAUGACGGUAAAAAGUGGAGAGUUAGAGUACCACGAAUUUACGUGGUCUCCAUGGUAGCUUUUAUCCUGAUUGCUGCCGUACUAAUUGUUGAUAUCUACAUAGAUUUGGCCGAAAUUUACAUAUUUGAGGAAAUGAGAUCGAGAGCCAUCAACAAUAAAUUCUACCAGUUUGCCGUCCAACUCAAAGAUAAAACACAGGAGCUCGAGGAAAAGCGGAAAGUAACAGAAGAGCUGUUGUAUCAGAUGAUACCAAAAUCAGUAGCUCACCAACUACAAAACAAGGAAAAGAUAUCAGCUGAAUUCUUUGAAGCUGUGACAAUAUUCUUCAGCGAUAUAGUCGGAUUUACUUCGAUCUCGGCUCGAUGUUCACCAAUGCAGGUUGUGGAAUUGCUGAAUAGUUUGUAUUCGACGUUUGACAUCAGAAUUGAUACUUAUGAUGUAUACAAGGUGGAAACGAUCGGAGAUGCCUACAUGGUAGCCAGUGGAGUACCAGAGAGAAAUGGAGAAAGGCACGUUGAAGAGAUCGCCACUAUGGCCAUUGAUCUACUGGCAGCCAUCAAGCAGGUCAAAGUUCCCCACACCAAUUCUGAACAUGUCCAGAUCAGGAUAGGAUGUCAUACAGGCGCAUGUGUGGCUGGAGUAGUCGGACUGAAAAUGCCACGUUACUGCCUGUUUGGGGAUACGGUCAAUACAGCCUCGAGAAUGGAGGCGAAUAGCCAACCAUUGAAGAUCCACAUCAGCAAAGAUACACGUGACAGACUUGUAGUGAGCGAUAAGUACACAAUGGAAUACCGAGGACUGAUAGAAAUUAAGGGAAAAGGACAGAUGGACACUUACUGGCUGACCGGAAGAAAGGAUAUGGGAGAAGCCAAUGAAAGCAUGGUUUGUAAAUGGCAACCACGUAAAAGGAAAAAGAAAAAACAAGACAAUUCUACGAGUAUUGAGCAUUCGGCAGUAUCUGUAGGAUCAUCUCAAAAGGAGAGUCAAUCAGAAUUGAAUUCGCAGACGAUAGACGAUGACAAUAGUUCCGUGAUCGGAAGUACAUCUUUGGUGAAAGGAAUUUAUAGCGAAAUAAAUGCUGAUUCUAAUAUACAUAAUCCUUCAUUAAUUGACGUUACCGGUUUAGAAGGAGCCGUAGAACAACACAGGAAGUGUCAUAGCGACAAGCAAUGCAUCGUCAAUGACAUUGUCAACGUCACAUUCAACGUCACUGCCAAUGUCACCUUCAACGUCACUGUCAACGUCACCUUCAAUGUCACCUUCAACGUCACUGUCAACGUCACCAACAACGACACUGUCAAAGUCACCUACAACGACACUGUCAACGUCAACGACACUGUCAACGUCACCUUCAACGACACUGUCAGCGUCACCUUCAACGACACUGUCAACGUCACCUUUAACGACACUGUCAACGUCACCUUCAACGACACUGUCAAAGUCACCUACAACGACACAUUCAACGACACUGUCUACGUCACUGUCAAAGGCACCUUCAACGACACCUUCAACGACUCCUUCAACGACACCUUCAACGACACUGUCAACGUCACCUUCAACAACACUGUCAACGACUCCUUUAACGACACCUUCAACGACACUGUCAACGUCACCUUCAACAACACUGUCAACGACUCAUUUAACGACACCUUCAACGACACUGUCAACGUCACCUUCAACAACACUGUCAACGACUCAUUUAACGACACCUUCAACGAAACUAUCAACGUCACCUUCGACGACACUGUCAAAGUCACGGUCAAAACAGAACAAUCCAUCGCCAGAUAA